AUGACUCAACAUUUAAGUGUUAGAGAAAGACAGCGUGUCCUAGUGGCCAGGAGAUUAUCCGAGAAAGGAACGACAAUUAUGUGGACAUUUCCCGUGUUGCUGCUCGGAGUUUUCUCCCUUCGCUCCUUGGCUCUGCCUAUGGCUUAUAGCUCUGCUGGUCUUGGCGCUUCUAAUAAUAAUGGUCUCAUGGCGGCUAUGAACGUGGCAAUGAACUCUGGGAAUGGCGCAGCCAAUCAGAACGCUGCUAACAAUGGUGCUAACAAUAGAGGCCCGGCUGGUGGCGUAAGCCCCACAGAACCAGUGGAUGAUGCCACGGAGAGAGUAAAUAGAGCAAAUAAAGCUGCAAGAAUUGCCGCUGCCGCAGCUGCUAGCAACAACAACAACAAUAACAACAAUGGCUUUAUGGGUGGUUCCGGCAUGGUUCCAUAUUAUCCAAUGAUGGUCAUGAACAAUGCUAACAACGCAGCUAAUAUGAUGGUUUCCAACGGUAAUGGAAUGAACGGAAACCUAGUCAACAUGGGAAAUGGGCUGGUAGACAUCAUUCCAAUGGGACAAAAUAACAACAACAACAACAACAAUGGAUUUGACAUAAAUAUGAUGAACGCUAUGAUGGGAAGCGGUGGUGCAGCUAACACUAACACUGGUGCAAUGAAUGCCAUGAAAGCCGCUGCUAAGAUUGAAGCCGCCAACAUGAACGCUGCAAUGAACACAGCUAACAUGAACGAAGCUAUUAAUACUGCAAACAUGAACGCUGCCAUUAACGCUGCAAACAUGAAUGGAAUCAACAUGAACAACGGGUUGAAUACUGACAACAUGAAUGCCGGUGCUAUGAACGCAAUGGCUGUUGCUCAAAUGGAGGCCGCUAAUAUGAAUGCAGCAAUAAAUGCCGCUAACAUGAAUGCUGUCAACAUGAACGCUGCCAACAUGAACAAUGCCAACAUGAACGCUGGUACCAAUGCAGUAAAUAUGGAUGCUGGUACGAUGAACGCAAUGAAAGCAGCAGCAAGAAUGGAAGCUGCAAACAUGAACGCUGCAAUGAACGCUGCUAACAUGAAUGCUGCAUUGAACGCUGCCAACAUGAACGCUGCGAUAAACGCUGCAAACACAAAUGCUGCCAACAUGAAUGCCGGUAACAUGAACAAUGCAAACAUGAACUCCAUAAUGAACGCAGCAAACAUGGAUGCCGCAACUAUGAACGCCAUGAAAGCAGCUGCACAAAUGGAAGCUGCAAACAUGAACGCUGCACUCAACCUUAAUAACAUGAACGCUGCAGGGGCCAACACGAUGGGAAUGAGCGCCGACCAGAAUCUUGCUAACAUGAACAUGGUUAGCAUGAACGUCAACGGUUUCGUGGCAACGGUUUCGGUCAAAAUGGUAUCAACAACAACGGUUUCGGUCAAAACGGUAUCAACAACAACGGUUUCGGUCAAAACGGUAUCAACAACAAUGGUUUUGGUCAAAAUAACAACAACAACAACAAUGGAUUCAACAUGA